AACUUGAUGCUUGACGCGAGAGCUCUUCCAGCUGACUUAAACUUGAGUAACAGUUAUAAGACUUCAGAUUAAUUGAUUGAUUUUAUUGAGGAUUAAUACCUUUUGUAACUGUUUGUAUCGACUAUGGAAUAAUCGACGCUUAAAGACUCUGGCUUUUUAUUUGUCGGCGACACAUUGGAUUGCCAUUGAUGUGUAUAUCCUCCCCAAUCGUCAAUACAUUGAACACAUUUGUAUAUAAGACUUAGUUCUCACACAAAUACAAACAUUGUGUGCUUUGUCGUUACCUCGUGUUUUGGUUGGCUUUCUUAAUCAGAGGGUAAUAUGACCAAUGCAGGAGUGACUGUGUUUCCCUGGGCGGAAUAUAUGGUCACGAACAGGAAUUGUGGGACAGUUACGGACCAGUCCCAGAAAAUUCUGACCAGUACAGGGAUUGACUUGGACAAGGUGUUAUUCCUGUCCCCGGAGACCGAGGAACUGAAACAUAUACUGAGUACUCACGAAAAUGGACACAUUUUACGCGUUCACACAAUCAAGGACCUGAACGAUCUGGCCGUAUUGCUGUACGGGAAACCCCUCCUAAUGAGGAUUAAUCUCGUUCAUACCGAGGUCUCCAGCAAAUACAGCGCCGACAAAAUUACUAUCUGGGAAGGUGAUUUUGCUUGUGUGGUCAACACGAGUCAUCGGCAAGUAUCCUCUCAGCUGGAAUGGGCACUGAAACAAGCCGAGACUCAUUUGAAUAAAGGAAAUAAAUUUUGUAUAGAGAUAGAACUGGGGGAUGUGGUAGAGGGAUGGUAUCUACAAAGUCUCGACCUUUUUUCCGGCUGUGACGAUUUCCACUCCACAAAGACCAGGAAUUCCCGCCUAAUCUUGACGAACCACACGCCCUACAACCACUGUUUUGACUGUCGCCCCAAGUGGUGGCUGUGCCUUGGGCCCUGUUGGCUCUUGGCGGCACCUGUGUAUUAUGUUUACAGACAUUUAACUUGUUAUGAUUUCAAACUAAAGAUAAAGGCUCCAGUAACCUCUUUACCGGGAGCAAGACGGAAAAGCAUGCAUUCUGUGUCAUCUCAAAACUUCAUGAUGGUCAGUUAUAAGAAGGAGGGGUCAGUCUCGUGUAAGCUUGUCCAGGAUCCCUCUCAGACCUCUGAACUCAGCACGUAUGGAUCCAUGGUCGAACAAGGAUGA